UAAUCUAAUUUCGUCGUAUAAAUAAAGAGUAGUACGCACGGAAACGAAAGAAAAGAUAAAAGAAUAUUGCUAACUGACUAUAUUUGACGUCUUUCUCUCGCCGCCUCUGACGCCUCCGAGAAGAGAGAGCCACCGCGAAAGAUCAACAAAACCAAUGUCGCAGUCACAGUUCUCCUCGCUGCCUGAGGACAUCACGUGGCAAGUGUUAGCCCGCGUGCCGAAAUGCAAAUACCCACUCCUCGCUUGCGCCUCCAAGAACUUGGCUCUUCGUGUUCGCUCCCGGGAGAUUCACAAGAUCCGCUCUCUCCUCGACAAAGACUCGCUCUACCUCUGCUUCAUGAACAAACAAGAUCUCGCUCAAGACCGGCGUUGGUUCACUCUCCGCAGCAGAAGAACUCCGAGCGAGGAGAACCAGUUCGUCUCCAUCAACGUCGUGCUUCCUGGUCAUCACAACCUCAGGCCCUCGAUCGUCUCCCACGGUCCGGAGAUCUUCUUUAUCUGCAAACCGCUCUUUAUAACGUCGCCGUCAAGCUUUUUGAUCUUUGAUUCCCGAUCCGGCGUGCUUCGGCAAGGUCCCAGCAUGCACGUGAACCGAACGUACAAGACCGUGGGGGUAGUCGGACGUAAGAUCUACGUAGUGGGAGGAGUGAGAUCUGACGAGAACGUCGCCGAGUCGUUUGACCUGAGGACGCAGACGGCUUGGGAGACAGCGCCGAUUCCCGGGGAAAGAAUGUCGUGGCUCACGACCGCCGCGGUGUCACUAGACAGGAAGGUUUGUGCGUUGAUGCUCGGUGGAGACUACGCUGUUUGCUACGAUACCAAGGAUGGUUCUUGCGAGAGUUUCGAUUUGCCUGAGGAUAGGUGGUGGAAAGCUGGUGCUUGUGUGAUGGACAAUGUGCUCUACGUUUACUACGCUAGGUUCGGGUUGAUGUGGUACGACACUGAGCUGAUGCUGUGGAGGGUGGUGAGUGGUUUGGAUGAUCUCAAAAAGGUUCGGUCCGUUGGUAUGGCGGAGUACUAUGGAAAGUUGGCGCUUCUGUGGAAAGAGCAUGAUGGUUUUAGUGCUGACAAGAAGGAGAUUUGGUGUAGAAUGAUUGCUUUGGGUAGGUGUGAAGAAGGGGUCAGUGGGGCUGCAGAGUCGGCUAAGCUUCUGGGGUGUGUCCCUCGUGGCUCCAGAUUGGACCACUGUCUAUCAGUUUCAGACUAAAGAGGAUAGAUUGGGAUAGAUUGAGCUAAUUAUUUUGAUGUUGUGGGCUAUGCUAUUCUGUUUUCUAAUACUUUUGCCAUCUUUGUACAAAAGCAUGUGGUUCUUGCACAGGCCUGGGAACCAGAUAAUGAA